CACACCCAACCCGAGGUCGGAGAGAUUAAAGGGGAUUCAUGGGCAGCUCUAUUUAAGUGCGGGAGCGAGGGCCUCGGCAGAUGUGGAGAGAGGGACAGAAGACGCCGGACGAGGCACCAAGCAACACCGGAGCUCUACAGACGUCUGCGUCGCACCCGGCGCAGGAUGCAGCUGGUUGUCAUGGCAGCGGUGCUGGCGCUGGCAGGGGCGGGGCCCGGCUGCAGCUUCAGCUGUCGGCCGACUGACGUCAACAUCACCGUGGAGAGCUGCGGCCGGACCGGGUCCAUCCUCACCACCAUAUGCGCGGGGCAGUGUAACAACGAGGACUUGGUCUACAUCAGCGACACCCAAACCUACGAGCAGGAGAUGUGCAUCGGGGUGUGGGCCAACGAGGUGAAGCACAUCGACGGGUGCCCGGAGGGCGUCACCUACCCCGUGGCCAAGAACUGCAACUGCGAAGUGUGCGACCCGAAUAAAAACACCGACUGCACGAGGUUCACGGGAAAGGCCUCCAGCUGCCUGGCCAUCUAGAUAAAGAUGUCCUGCUUUGUUUUGACUUCUUGUGACUUUAAAUGUGUACUUUCUUCUUCUGUCUUUUAUUAUACAUGUCUCUCAUUAAAUACACAAGUUUCCAUCUGCUCUGUC